ACUCCUAGAAAAGAAUACGUACAAAUGUUUGCUUCUCGGAACCUUUCGUGAAUAAAGCCUGCCUGAAUCCGAACGAUCUCUAACCUCUCUCUCCCUCUUUAAUCAUCUGUGUUAGAAUCAAAUUAAACCCAUUUGAAUUGUAAUUCCAGAAAGUACCCCAUUGAAUCCUUAGUGUAUAUCUACCUUCUUUCUAAAGCUGCCUAGAAUUUGUUCGACGAAAUUCCCAACAGAACUUUUCCUUUACUUACCUAAUUCCAUGCUACUUAAGGAGAGUUAGAACGUAGGAUUGACAACAAACAUUUGGGCAAUGCAUCAAUCGACAGAAAUCCCGCCCUUGGCCAUUUCAAAGUUAAGUGGUGAGCGCCUGUUGCUAGGAAUUGGUCCCAGCAUUGGAAGAAAUUAUUGUUACUGGCGCAACCUGUUUAUUGAAAAAUUUGGGUUCCAUUGUUGGUCGCCAGAUUGAUGUGGCUUGGGGUGUUGAAGAUGAGCUGAAGAAGCUUAAAAACACCUUGGAGAUGAUUGCGACUGUAACUUCUGAUGCUGAGAACAAGCAAGUCAACAGCGCUUCUGUUCGACUUUGGUUAAGAUGGCUCAGAGAUGUUGCGUACGAUGCUGAUGACGUUUUGGAUGAGUUCUCUUAUGAGGCUAUGCGUCGAUCCGAAAUCCACCGGAAAAGAGAUCAGGUACUAGAAUUCUUUUCAUCCUCCAGCGCUCUUUCCUUCCCUAUUAAGAUGGUUAAUAAAAUUAAGGCUAUUAACAAAAAACUAGAUGAAAUUACUAGUACCAUGGUCAAGUUUGAGUUGCAAACAUCUGAUCCUGAUGAUGAUCUAAGAAGGACUGAGAAACAAGACCGGGAAACAUUUCACUUCGUAGAUGAAUUGAAAAUUGUAGGAAGAUACGAUGAUAAGUCAGCCAUAGUAAAGAUGCUACUAACCCUCGACACAUCAGCUGUAAGUUCUAGUCGACAAGAAAAUGUUUCUGUCAUAUCUAUUCUGGGUAUGGGGGGACUUGGGAAACCACGCUUGCUCAGCUGGUCUACCAAGAUGAAUCUAUAAACCGACACUUUGAACUUAGAGCUUGGGUCUGUAUAUCUGAUGAUUUUGACAUCUUCAAAAUCAUAGAAAAAAUCAUUGAGUCAGUCACUAAUGAUAAGUGUCCUGAUCUAUCAAAUGUAAGUGUCUUGGCUGAUAUGGUUCGGAAAAAUCUACGGGGGAAAAGAUAUCUGUUAGUCCUGGACGAUCUAUGGAACGAGAAUGCAGAAGACUGGGGGAAAUUUAAGGACCUGCUAGGUGUGGGUGCUCAUGGGAGCAAAAUCUUAGUCACAACACGUAGUGACACGGUUGCAUCCGUUGUUAGGGGUUUGAUUCCACCUUACAAUCUAAAAUGCUUGUCCGUAAACGAAUGCUGGUCCAUUAUGAAGAACAAAGCAUUUUCUCCCGGCGGCGCAUUGGAGACUCCAAACAUGACAAAAAUAGGAGAGGAAAUUGCAAAACACUGUGGUGGUUUACCACUUGCUGCUAAUGUUCUCGGAAAUCUUAUGCGCUUGCAUAAAACCGAGACUAAUUGGCUAUUAAUCCUAAACCAUGAUAGUUUGAAGACAAUAGAUGCAAGAACCAAAAUCAUAUCAAUAUUAAAAUUGAGUUAUGAUAAAUUACCCUCACAUUUGAAACUUUGUUUUUCCUAUUGUUCUUUAUUCCCAAAGGAUUGGGAGAUUAAGAGAAAAACUUUGAUUCGACUAUGGAUGACUGAAGGGUUCCUUCAUCCAUCUCAUGGUGGAAAUCAAAUAUCACCAGAAGAUGUUGGUAAUGAUCAUUUUCAUUGUUUGCUAGUCAAUUCGUUUUUUCAAGAUGUCAGAAAGAAUAAGUUAGGUGACGUCAAGACAUGCAAGAUGCAUGACUUAGUACAUGAUCUUGCCCAGAGUGUCAACGGUGUUCAUGAUAUCAAGAUUUUGAAUUCAGGUGAAAUAGAAUCUAUUUCUGAAUUUCGCCGUUUACAGUUUGUUUUUAAUGAACAAACAUCAGAAACAAUUUCAAAAGUCUUGAAAAAAGCCAAAAGACUUAGAUCUGUUUUUUCCCUUGAAAAUGAUCAUUUGGUAGAACGUUUACUUUACACCAAGAAUCUGCACGUAGUUUGUUUGCUUGGUCGUCAUUUUUUUAAAGUUCAAUCUCCAAUAUCUAAGCUUAAGCAUAUGAGGUACCUUGACCUGUCACGUUGUAAUUUUUAUGGAGGACAUGAUGUGUCCAUCAAUCAACUUUACAAUUUGCAGACACUAGUGCUUCAUAGAUGCCAUGAUGUUAAAACGAUUCUGCUAGGCAUUGGCUCUCUGAAGACAUUAAGGCACCUUGAUCUUUCGUAUUCGGAUGUUGAAACACUACCUGAUUGUGUUGUUCAGCUUGCUAAUUUGCAGACAUUAGAUCUAAAGCUUGCUAAUUUGCAGACAUUAGAUCUAAAUAUGUGCAAGAGAUUGGUAGCCUUACCUGUAAAUAUUGGGUCUUUGGAAGCUCUAAGAGUGUUGAAAGUAAAAAACUGUAUAACUUUAAGAGUCUUACAUACAGAUGUGGGAACAUUGACACGAUUAAGGUGCCUGGAUUUGUCAGUUACUAAGAUCAAAGUAUUACCCAAGUCCUGCAUCAACAACCUUCGGAAUUUGGAGUUAAUGGUAUUUGGAAAGUGUAGGCUUCCCAAAGAGAUUAAAAAUUGGGCAAAAUUGAGAGUUCUUAAACAUAAAAGAGAAAGAAGAUGAAAUGCCCAGAGGUAUAGAGACUCUAACUUGCCUUGAAGUGUUAGAAUCUUAUGUGGUAAGAAACAGAGGAACCUUCUCUCGCAGUGGUGGUGAUAGUGGGAUUAUAGAAUUAGCCAAUCUUAAUUCUCUUCAGGUGUUGAAGAUUUUCAAUCUGGAAUUUGUGAGAGGUGGUAUUGACGCGGAGAGAGCGAAGUUAAAAGAUAAGUUAAACCUCCAUCGUUUGCAUCUUAAUUGGGGGUUCAUUUUCGUUGAUGACGAUGAAAUGACGUUUGAUGAGGUUUUGGAGGGUCUCGAACCUAACCCUUUUUUGAGAAACUUGGAAAUAUAUAAUUUCCCUGGUAUAAAGCUUCCAAAAUGGAUGGGUUCCAACUGCCUUUCGAAUUUAGUGGAAAUUAGCCUUUCCUGCGGCAAUAGAUGUGAGAAGCUACCAGCGAUGGGGAUGUUCCCAUGUCUUAGGGUUCUUCAUAUUCAGCAAAUGAAGUCAGUGAAGUGUCUGGGUGAAGGAUUUUAUUACCAGCAAGAAGAAAAAGAAGAAGGACGCGUCAUCAGCAGCAGUAAUGGUAGUGGUAGUGCUGUAAAUGCUAAUACAGUGUCAUUAUUUCCUUCGUUAAUUGUGUUGGAGAUCUGGCAGAUGGAAAAUUUAGAAGAAUGGGUUGCUCGUCUUCUAAUUUAUAAUUCAUUUCCUUCUAUGGAGAAGCUAGAAAUCGAGUAUUGCCCAAAACUGAGAAGCAUAGCAAUCUCAUUUCCUUUUCUGAAGGAAUUGAUUUUGAAAGACACCAACACCAAGGCAGUGACUUCCAUGUUUGCUACUGGAGGGCUUACUUCUCUCACAUCCAUUGAUAUAUCAUAUUCUCCAGAGCUAAUAUACAUCCCACUGGGCGCACUACUCCGAAGCAUUACUCCGAAUCUUCAAAAACUAUCCAUCCAAUAUUGCUCCAAGUUUCAAGGUUUUCUUGAAGAUGAUGAUCUAAACAACUACAACAACAGGAAGGAUGGUGAUGAGGAAGCAUUUCUCUAUGCUUCUGAAAUCAACUCCAACUCCUUUUCAUGUCCUGAGAUCAACUCCAACUCCAACAAUAGAAGCAAUUCCCUUCGCUCAUUAUAUUUGGAUGAUUGUCCUGUUUUAACAUUUACUUCUCUGCGGGAUUUAACCAUCUCUGAUUGCUACAAAUUGAAGGAGUCAAUAACCUACCAUCUCAAGCUAUCUCUUGCCUUUCUUGAAGUGUUGGACGUUGAUUUUUCUGGAAGUGAAGAUGACAGCAUCUAGAGACCCAACUUAAGAAGAUUAUAUAGUUAAUUUGAUGGAUCAGAAGAAGAAGUAGAUCUGUUUUCUGCAAUUCAUCUAUUUCAGCACCAUCCAGUUCUAGUUACUACGAACAGGAAAAUGAAAGCAUCGGUGUAUAUAAGAACAGUACCAUAAGGGUUUGGAGAUUACCCCAAGUUAGAGUGGUACUGCAUGUUGAAUCAUUUCAGAGCAGUAACAGUGCAGUCUGACUUUCUCUUGUCUCACCGGUAAAUAGAUGCGAUGCAAUCCGAGAAUCCUCCAAUAAUUAUGCUUUUGUGAUACUUUCUGGUCUUUGUUUCGGCUUCUUGUGCUUUGCAAAUGAUUGGUGGUGGUUGGGAUGGCAGCCACCAUAGUGAUGCUCGUGGGGUUUCUGUGUUUUGCUUAGGGGGUUUCCCUGUUUUAUUUUGGGACUACAAGAAGAAAUGGUAACCAAGUUGUUCCCUUCAGGAACUGUAUUGCUGUUGGCUGUUGAACUAAAAGAAAAUUUUCAUGUUUUAGUUGGAGCGCUUCA